CUGUGCAUGACAGCUCUUAGGAAACAUGGUUUUGUAACAGCCGGUAACAGCUUUAACCUCAUCCUUUAUCAUUUACCAGCUCAGCUCCAGCGGACGACUCAGGGCUCAAAAUGUUACUGUCUUCAAUACGGACAUCGAUGUUAUGCGGUUGCAGAAGCGCCAGCAAGAGAUUUCAACAAAGCAGUCGGAGUCCACAGCUACGACAAUGGCUUGUGAAGAGAGGUCAGAGUACCAUCACAGCAGAAGCCGAGACAUCCUCCACCCUGUCAGCAGCCUCUGUCCCCAAUGCAGCUACAAAUCGCAUAGUAGGUCGCUGGUUACUAGGCUGCAGUGGGUUGGUGGUCGGGGCUGUUGUGUUGGGUGGUGUCACAAGGCUAACAGAAUCUGGGCUUUCCAUGGUUGACUGGCACCUGGUGAGAGAGAUGAAGCCACCUCAGUCGCAAGCAGAGUGGGAGGCUGAGUUUUCCAAGUACCAGCAGUUUCCUGAAUUCAAAAUAAUGAACCAUGACAUGACUUUGCCAGAGUUUAAGUUUAUUUUCUACAUGGAGUGGGGUCAUCGUAUGUGGGGCAGACUGGUUGGACUUGCGUACAUUCUCCCCACUGUUUACUUUUGGAGGAAAGGAUACUUCACUCGCUCCAUGAAGGGGAAAGUGCUGGGGCUUUGUGGAUUUGUCUUCUUCCAGGGCCUUCUGGGAUGGUACAUGGUAAAAAGCGGUCUGGAGGAAAAGCCAGAGUCUCAUGACGUCCCGCGUGUUAGCCAGUAUCGCCUGAGUGCUCACCUUGGUUCAGCCUUGCUACUCUACUGUGCCAGUCUCUGGACGGGGCUUACCAUGAUGCUGCCUGCACACAAGAUUGCAGAAACCACACGUCUCAUGCAGCUCAGGAGGUUUGCCAAGGGUACUGGUGGACUUGUCUUUCUCACAGCUCUUUCAGGUGCUUUUGUAGCUGGUUUGGAUGCUGGGCUGGUGUAUAACUCCUUCCCUAAGAUGGGAGAGCGAUGGAUCCCUGAUGAUCUGCUGGCCUUCUCUCCCACCCUCAAGAACUUCUUUGAAAAUCCAACGACUGUGCAGUUCGACCACAGAAUUCUGGCGAUCUCCUCUUUGACUGCGAUUACAGGCCUCUAUCUGUUCUCAAGAAGGAUGGUGCUGCCCAGGAGGGCUAAGGUCGCCAUCAGUCUCCUUGCAGCAAUGGCUUAUGGACAGGUUGCCCUCGGUAUCAGCACACUUCUACUGUAUGUCCCCACUCCACUGGCAGCUACUCACCAGUCUGGCUCUGUGGCUCUUCUCUCACUGGCCAUUUGGGUUCUGGCAGAACUCCGCAAGAUGCCCAAGUAAAUGCCUGCUACUUUAUUGGCAAAUCCAAUCCCUACUGGCCACGGCUCAAGCUUUUAAGAGCCAGCAGUGGCACUGGGAACAAGGCAUUUAGAAACAAGUGAAAAAAUGGCAGCGUUAAAAACUGAGAUGUUUUUCAUUUAACACAUUUUUAUGCAUCUGUCCUGCGGUGAUGCAAAGUAAACCUCAUGUGGUGAUAUUGAAAGCACAGGUGUUAUUUUGAUAAUUGCUCACCGUUCCACUUUCCAUGAGGUAUCGACUGAACCAUUUGCGGACACAUCAUUAAAAGAUACCACCUGAAUGCGACGUGUUCUGGUUUUCAAGGAAUAUACACAAAAGAAAUGCAAAAGCAAAAACAAGCAAAUUUUCAUUUUCUGUCCAGCUUCAAUGCUGUGUCAUUAAAGCUGGACAGAAAAGUGAAAAUUUGCAGGGUUUUCAGUUAAGGGUACAUUUUCGGUUUGCAGCCAGCCAGAGGUGGGCAGGAACAUGUUAAGUAGACUGAAUUGCUGUUUUUGUAACAGGAUGUUUGAAAGAAAAUUUCACUACGAAGACAUUACUCACCUGUUGCCUUGUGUCUGUUCAUACACUGCCUGUUGGUUGAAUUAGAUGUGGCAGUUGGGAUUAUGUAUAAUUAUGUAUAUUUAAAUUAUGAACCAUUUCUUGUUGACAUUGUGUUGGUGGAUUAUAAGAUAAAAAAAAACAAAAACAUGUGUAAUCUUGAUUGUUGCUUUGUACUGUAUCUUUAGACAUGUAAAGCUCUUAUUUUAAUAAAGACAAUUAUGUACAGUCUUUAAAAUUCAAACUCCA